GGGAGAUGCGCAGAUUUGUGGGCAUGACAUAAUCAUCAUUGUUUUAUUUUCGUCUUCUGGACGGAAUCUGCACAGACCUGCCAGUCCGUCGAUCAGUUUCCACGCUUUUUCCUUUUUUCUAAAUUUGAUACAACUUUUCAAGUCAAAAAUAGCGGGCUCUCCAGCGGUUUCCCACACUAGUUUUCGACGUCUCGAGUUCGAAGCCCCUCCGUGACAUACAUUCAGCCAAGACUACUGUUUUGUUUACAGAAGUCUGUACUGGCUUCUAGACGAUUAAAGGGGAAAAGUUCAAAAUAGCCGUGUGAGGGAAAUCUAUACAGGGAAUCUUGGUUGUUGUUAUCAGUUGAGGUCUCGUUGUGUGGCUUAAACCAUAUAAUCUUGUCUGCCUUUGUUCAUAUAUUUAUAUAUGGCAUAUGCUGGAGUUGUAGUGUUUUGAGACUCCAUUUGCUUUAUGGAGUCUUCUCAGGGUGCUGUGAAGAGCUCCAACAUUACUGAAAUUGUGCAUAAGUUCGCCAGGGUGUGCAGAUUACGGAGCAUUGGGGUUUUCUCCGAAGAAAAUCACUUCCCUGGAAUCGAACCCCCGACAUACGAGCAUUCAAGCAGCGAAGCCACAGAAACAGAUGAUUACGAUGGACAGAAAGUGUACCCACAACCCCCAGAAGAGAAAGAAAAAGAAAAGGAAAAGGAAAAGGAAAAUGAAAAGGAAAAUACCCAGAAGACGGAAGCUCUUGAAACCCUAAUUUCGAAGCUGUUUGCCAAUAUUUCGGCCCUAAAGGCUGCCUAUGUUCAGCUGCAGGCUGCCCACACACCGUAUGACGCUGAAAAAAUCCAGAAUGCGGACAGGUUAGUCAUUUCAGAACUGAAGAAUAUAUCAGAGCUGAAGCACUCUUACAGGGAUAAAGAAAAACCCUUUCAGGACUCUGGCCAGGACGCCCAUUUGUUGGCUGAGAUUCAAGAACAGCAGAGCAUGCUGAAAACCUACGAAGUCAUGGUGAAGAAAUUUCAGGCGCAGAUUCAGAGUAAGGACUCUGAGCUUGAAAAGCUCCGCCUUGAGCUGAAAGAAGCCUUUGAGAAAAAGGACAAUCUUGAGAAAAAAUUAAGGCAAAAAAGCUUCAGGGACUUUUUUGAGUCUUCCGAUGAGGACAUCUACGAUCCAUCCUCCCGUCUUACCCCUCAAUAUUUUAUCUCCAUGGUGCAAGCUGCAGCAAAGGCUGCCCAUGAUUUCACAAAGGUGAUGAUAAAUAUGAUGAAGAGCGCAGAGUGGGAUUUGGAUGCAGCUGCCAAUUCUAUAGAGCCUGGGGUACGCUAUGCAAAGAGGGCUCACAAGAAAUAUGCUUUCGAAUCCUAUGUUUGUCAAAGAAUCUUUGGUGGGUUCGAGAAUGAGAAUUUCUUUGUGAGUGAUUCAAUCCCUGCUAUUCUGGAUCCUGAAAAGCAGAGGCAGGAAUUCAUGGCCCAAUUCAAGGAUAUCAAAUCCAGUGACCCUUCUGAUCUUCUUGCCAUUUCACCUGAUUGUGUCUUUGGCAAGUUCUGUCGCACUAAGUAUCUUCAAAUUGUUCAUCCAAAGAUGGAGGAGUCAUUCUUUAUGAAUUUGGAUCAGAGGGAUCAUGUUCAAAAUGGCGGGCACCCUAGAACUGCUUUCUACCAAUCAUUUUUGAAGCUGGCCAAGUCUGUCUGGCUUGUGCAUAGAUUGGCAUUCUGCUUUGAGCCCAGGGUUAACAUUUUUCAGGUCAGGAAAGACACCGAUUUCUCUGAGGUGUACAUGGACAGCAUUGUGAAAAAUGUGGAAUUGGGAGAUGGGGCCGUGGGUCUCAGGCCUAAAGUGGGUUUCACGGUAAUGCCUGGGUUUCGAAUUGGGAAGACCAUUGUUCAGUGCCAAGUUUAUCUUACAGGUAUGAAGUCUAUAGAUUAGUUCAUACUAGGGUAACGCUAUUAUUAGUAGUAGUGUUUCGGUAGUCUAGCAGAGACAUUCUGUUAUCAUUGUAAUAUACAUAAAAGCGGGCAAGCAGGGAUUAUGGUUGGUUCAGGUUACUUUUGUUGGUCUGCUUGCGCAAGUUUUGUCCAAAGUCCCAGCUAGUAGGCAAAUGUAUGAAAUUGCUCAUUAUUUUGCGGUAAUUAUUGUUGCACAGGAUGAAUGAAUUCAUUUUUGUGUACUAAAUGUGAAUCAGCAUUAUUUAUAGACUAAAUCAAAGACUGCUUCUGGCCAGUAAUGGGUAUUGGUGUAUAUGGCAAAGGAUCUAUUGCCUUCGUUUAUAAUUGUAAAAUCUUCUUCUACUGGUUA